ACUCUUUAUGUUAAUAUUAUACUAAUUCCAACGGAUGAGUUCGGUAGUGCAAGGAUAAUUAGAUCAUUUAAAGCGCUUCGAGCUUUGCGGUUAAUUGAUUUAUCAACCCGUAUAAAGAACACUUUUUAUUACAUUCUUAUUGCUGGCGCACCACGAAUUUUUGAUGCUUCAAUAUUAUCCAUUAGUUUAAUCAUACCAUUUGCCCUUUACGGAGUAAACAUUUUCGCAGGUCUUCUUUACAAUUGUAAUGACAAUUCUAAUUCGAUAAAUGUUAAUACAGAUUGUACGGGCGAAUUUGGUCAAACGAUUCUCAAUUGGAAUGUUCUCAUUCCAAGAGUUUGGGAUAACCCAUAUCAUUAUAGCUUUGAUGACUUUAAAGCAGCUUUAUUAAUAAUCUUUGAAUCCUUGUCUAAUGAAGGGUGGAUAAAUGUUAUGUUUAAUGUAAUGUCAAUCACUGGAUAUAAUAACCAACCUCAACCUAAUGCAUCAAAGUGGAAUGGAAUAUACUUUCUUGUAUUUAAUUUAGUUGGAACAGUAUUUGUAUUAACAUUAUUUAUUAGUGUCGUUAUAUCGAGUUUCCAAAAAAAAUCUGGAGUAGCAUAUUUAACACAAGAACAA